UACUCCAGCGAUUGUAAACAAGAUCAUCUGCUCCAAACACGCAGUUGACGUGACUUUCAUUCCGUUCAUGAUGAAAUUUCGUAGAUAAAUUGACAAGUUCGAGGGUUUAACGGUUAUUUUGUGGUGAAUCAACGAAGCAGUAAUCACAUAAUGGAGAAUGAGGAAGACCAGAAGAACAGUAUUGAGGACCCUGGCCCCUCCCUGAACCAUCAGCCACCCUCGCCAAGCAGUCCUGGUGCCUCCAGCAACUCAGGAAAACAAUGGGUGUCGAAUUUCAUGGCAGGGGCUUCUCCCCCGAAGUUCGUGUCCCUGGAGGAGAUUGUCCAAGCUGCUAAUGGAAUGAAGAACAUGGCACUGGCCCAUGAGAUUGCGGUUGACAAGAACUUUCAGCUUCAGAGACUAGAGCCAGAGGAGAAUAGCAUUCAGAAGCAGGUGAAGGAGGUCAUGCACAAGGCUUUCUGGAAUAUUCUGGCUGGACAAUUGAGUGAGGAUCCACCACAGUAUACUCAGGCACUGGUGCUACUCAAAGAAAUACGUGAAUCUUUGGAAGAACUAGUGCUCCCUCACCACACGAAAAUCCGUGAGAAUCUCCGAGAAGUCCUCGACAUUGAUCUCAUAAAGCAGCAAGCCGAGAACGGAGUCCUAGACUUCCGUAAUUACUCCCAGUAUGUACUCUCUAUAAUGAGUAAAGUGUGUGCACCAGUGCGAGACGAGAAAAUUCGUGAGCUUGGUGAAUGCACUGAUGUCGUGGAGACAUUCAAAGGCAUCAUGGAGACGAUCCAGCUGAUGAGGCUCGAUCUGGCCAAUUUCACCAUCUCGAUGAUGAGACCGAACAUCGUUGCCUCGAGUAUCGAGUACGAGAAAGCGAAAUUUGCGGAAUUUCUCAAGGUGACGACUGAUGGUCUGCAGUUCACCAGGCUGUGGCUGUUGAAGCAUCUCGAUGAGACCAAAGUCAAAGCUGCUGGGACUGAUACUAAUGGAGUUAAACAAGUCACUCAUUAUCUUCUUGCUGAGGCUUAUCUGGAUUUGCUUAAUUGGGAUUCUAGUCCUGAGGCAGAGACACUCAUGCUGGAUCAAGGAAGACUUCUGGAGCUCAGAGACAAGAUAAAUCACCUCGCAAUCAUUGGUUCUACUCUCCUCCUGUGCAGUAACACCGUUGGAACGCCUGUUCAGGGAGUUGCAGCCUUCAAGAAAAAUAUUAAAGAGCAUCUGAAUGUUCUUUUGGACUCUGUUCACUCCAACAGGGCUUUGGAAGAAGUUAUGCCAAAUAUUGCACUUCAAGUCAGAGAAGAUGUGAAAGCUACUUUGAGUCAAAUUGGUGCUCCAGAGCUCAGUUCAGACGUCGAAGCUAUUCUUCAGGGACAAAUAAUGGAUCUUGUCAAUGAAGAUCAUAAAAUUCGUCAGCUUGUUAACUUGAGGAUACGACAAUUCCUUCAGAAAAUAAUUCUGAGUCAAACAGCAGUGCCCACUCAAGUGCCUCCAGGAUUAUCGUCCCUCCAGGAAGAACUAGCAGCAGUGGCUGCAAGAUUUUUCAUCAUAGUUGCCCACAAUCGCAGUGUCUUCGGUGAUUAUUACCAAGAGAUCGUGGAAACUGAAAUAGCUCGAAGAAAAUCCACUCUGGGUUCCUCUGACAAUGUCACCGAUGGAAUGGAUGCUUAACUCCCAUCAAUGAAAGUCUUCAAAUAGUAUUCACUCUCUAAAGACAAGUAUCUCGAUGUUCAACACGAACAUACGCAGUUAAAAGGCUGCAGGCAGAAUUUAACUGAUCAACUGUGCCCAGCUCUUUCAUUUUUUUUUAUUACGAAUACAUCUUUUGUAUCGCAUUUUAACGAAGUAAUCACGUAGCAAUGAAUCAAUUAAUCUAGAGAAACUAAUAAUUUGCUAUUAAUAUUGAAAAGAUUAUCGAAUUGUGAUGAACCAUGCAAUUUACAUGUAAUACGUAAUUAAUUAAUGAGUUAAUAACAACUCGAGAAGAAAUUAUAAAAAAUUAGUCCUUUA